GCCUCGAGCCCAACCCCUGCAGCGCCCGCAGCGCUCCAAGGCGGGCCCCUGGCGGGGGUGAGAGCAGGCCCGCACCGCAGCUCCCGCACCCCUUUCCCAUUCGUUUCUUCCCAGCCAGUCCUCCUCCCCGCUCGGUCUCUCCGCCUCACCCUCGCAGACGACGGGGGCCGGUCACGGAAAAGGAACGGAAAUAGCGGAAAGCUGCCCUCGGCCAAGAUGGCGCGGGCGGCGUCAGCUCCGAGUGGCGCGGGGCUGGCCGGGCCUGCGAGCCCGCGAGUGGCUUCGCGAGAACCUCUGGGGGGGCUCCCCGGCGGCGCGUUGCAUUGUGGGGUGGCGGCGGCGGCGUUGGGCCGGGCUGCGGAGCGCUUGCUGGGUAGCGGCCAUGGCUUCCUGGGCCGCUCUGUCUCCCAGCAUCGUGGAAUAUUUCGAGGGCGAGGACUUCUACCGCUGCGGCUAUUGCAAGAACGAGUCGGGAAGUCGCUCCAAUGGCAUGUGGGCACAUUCCAUGACAGUACAGGAUUAUCAGGAUCUUAUAGACCGAGGAUGGCGAAGAAGCGGAAAAUAUGUGUAUAAACCUGUCAUGAAUCAAACGUGUUGUCCUCAGUAUACAAUAAGGUGCCGACCUUUACAGUUUCAGCCUUCGAAAUCUCACAAGAAGGUUUUGAAAAAAAUGUUGAAAUUUCUUGCUAAAGGGGAGAUUUCCAAAGGAAAUUGUGAGGAUGAGCCCAUGGAUUCCACAAUGGAUGAUGCUGUUGCUGGUGACUUUGCAUUAAUAAAUAAAUUGGACAUACAGUGUGAUCUCACAACGCUCAGUGAUGACCUCAAAGAGAGCUUUGAGAGUGAAGAGAAGAAAGGAAGAAACUUAAAGAAAGAGGGAUCUAAUGAAUUAAUUCAGUCACAAAAUGUAGAAGAGAAGUUGGGCUCUGGUGAACCAUCACAUUCAGUUAAAGUUCAUACAGUUCCUAAGCCAGGCAAAGGGGCAGAUUUGAGUAAACCUCCAUGUCGAAAAGCAAAGGAAAUCCGGAAGGAAAGGAAAAGGUUAAAACUCAUGCAGCAAAACCCAGCUGGAGAACUCCAGACUCAAAGUCAGACACCAUCUUUGUUUCCAUCAAAGGCUAAAUCCAACCAGCCCAAAUCACUUGAAGAUUUAAUUUUUGAGUCUUUACCAGAGGAUGCAUCGCAUAAGCUAGAGGUGAGGCUGGUGAGAUCAUCUCCACCAAGUUCUCAGUUCAAAGCCACAUUUCAAGAGUCUUACCAGGUCUAUAAACGUUACCAGCUGGUUAUUCACAAGGACCCACCUGAUAAACCAACUGUGAGCCAGGUGAGGUUAGUACCUGUCUCCUUUGAGGACCCAGAGUUCAAGUCGUCCUUCAGCCAGUCCUUUUCUUUAUAUGUCAAGUAUCAAAUGGCCAUACACCAGGAUCCACCUGAUGAAUGUGGGAAGACCGAGUUCACAAGAUUCCUUUGCAGUUCACCUUUGGAGGCAGAGAAUCCCCCUAAUGGACCAGAUUGUGGUUAUGGCUCCUUUCACCAGCAGUACUGGCUUGAUGGAAAGAUCAUUGCUGUGGGGGUGGUUGACAUCCUUCCGUACUGUGUGUCCUCUGUGUAUCUGUACUAUGAUCCCGAUUAUUCAUUUUUAUCUUUGGGUGUCUACUCUGCAUUACGAGAAAUUGCUUUUACUAGGCAACUUCAUGAGAAAACUUCUCAGCUCAGCUAUUAUUACAUGGGUUUCUACAUUCAUUCAUGUCCUAAGAUGAAAUAUAAGGGUCAAUACAGACCUUCUGAUUUGUUGUGUCCUGAAACAUAUGUCUGGGUACCCAUUGAACAGUGCCUGCCUUCACUUGAAAACUCCAAAUACUGCCGUUUCAACCAGGACCCAGAAGCAGUGGAUGAAGGUCGCUGUAAUGAACCUGACCGGUUGCAAGUGUUUCACAAGAAAGCCAUCAUGCCUUACGGUGUUUAUAAGAAACACCAGAAAGAUCCGAGUGAGGAAGCCGCCGUGAUGCAUUAUGCAAGCCUGGUGGGGCAGAGGUGUUCUGAGAGGAUGCUGCUGUUUAGAAGCUGAGCCAAGCUCCCUGUGUGCUCAUCAUUUGUGCCACAGUACCCCCUCAGCUCCUCUGGGAAAUACUGUAACCAGCUACAAAUUAGACUUUUUUAUUUUGACUAUCUUAUGGCUUUUAAACAAUAUUUUGUGGCAGUGUAUUUGUGAGAAUCUCAUGGUUAAUAUAAAAACAUAAAACUAUGUUAUGACCUCCAUUUAUCGUUUUGGAGGAUUGUUUCUGGAGCAAAAUAUGCUAAACUUCUCGUUAAUAUUUUGGGAAGUGAAACUAAGAAGUGAAUCUAAGUAAUUUUAAUCACAGUUGUGCUUAUUUUGUUCUGUUAGACAAAACAGGCUAUUUCCUCAGACCCAUUUGAAACACAGGUUGUGCUACAACAGAAGACCUUCAGUAUGCGGAUGGUGUAAAGUCUGUUUCAUCACUUAGCAAAUACCGCUGCUCACGAGAACAAAGCAGUGCUGUUACUCAAUGUUCAAUGUUAAGUUGCUGCCAAUGUUCUGUUAUGUAGCUUCAUAGAGAACUUGAAGAAAAAAUACAUUUUAAAAAAGAUCUUGUGUUAGCAUUGUUCAGGACAGGUCUGUUCAUGUCUGUUACUUUGGCAUAAUUUCUUCCCUAUAAUAAUUGUUAUUAGUGCUCUCUUUUACUCUCAAGUAUCCCUGAUUUGGACAAUAAAAAAAUGUAAUUACUCUAUUAUUUGCUUUUUUCUAAAAAUCUUGGAAAUGAAAUUUGUUUGUUUUUUUUUUUUUUUUAAGAAAAAUGUUGAUUUCUGCUUUGAUACAAGCCUCAUCCAAAGGAAAUAGACACUAAUUUUUCUUCCCUUAGAACUCAGGCCACUUGUCUUUGGUUAUUGAUGACAAAUAGUUGUUGUCUGGCUGCUUUUACAGCUGUGCCACAAAUUGCAUUUACGUAGGAACCAUUCUGACCUUCAUGUUCCUGGCUAAAAGGUGGAACAAUCCAUUUCCGCCCUUUGAUUUGAGAGCCGGAGAGUAGAUGCUACCCUUGGUGAUCCCAAGAAGAGGCCCCUUCGGUCCUCUCACUUUCUCUUGUUGACCCCUUUGCCCAUUCAAUAAGUGCCCACUGCCAAGGCAGCAGGCACCACGCCAGGUACCAGGAGGCGAAUCGUACACGUCAGGUCUCAGCUCUGAUUGAGUUGUCUUGGAAACAGGAUAAAGACGCAAGAGGGUUAUUUUCCUGUGCACUCGUCCUCAGCCAAUCUUUGCUGCUGCUGCUGCUGCUUGUCCACCAACCCCUUUUCAGUCCCCAUUUUGCCAUUUUUCUGCUUUCUAUUGAUUGAACUUUUUAAAAGUUAUAUUAUAAAACUUCAGGGCAGCACCUAUGGCUCAAAGGAGUAGGGUGCCGGCCCCACGUACCAGAGGUGGUGGGUUCAAACCCAACCCCGGCCAAAAACAGCAAAAAAAAAAAAAAAAAAAAAACUUCAUAGUUUGAAUCUCAUUGCUACUUUAAACUUUUCUCUAAAGGGCAUUUAAUGUCAAUUAAACAUUUAGAAAAUAACCUUCAGCUGGUUAGAAUAAAAAGACUAUGAAACAAUGGUUUAAAAAAUCAAAUGUCUACAAAUUCAGUGUCCAAGUCAACCGUAUUUCUUCAUUCAGCAUGUGUGUGUGUCACACUUGCUGUGUUCUGGGUACUUUGCUUACUGGGACAACAUAGUGAACAAAGCCAUUUUCUUUGAUUAUAAAGAUUUUACAUGGAAUUUUGACCUUCAAAAUAGUUUCCUAAGAGCCUUUAGAAAAUUUUUAUUGGAACUUCCCUAAGAAUAUAUAGAAUUUUUUGUCUUACUCCUAAAAUGAAGAUAGCUUCAUUUUAUGACUUUUUUGAAUUACAAAAGUGAUACUAUAAGCAGUUAAAACUUUACAAAAAGUAUAAAAAAAAAGUAUAAAUAAGAAUAUAAUCUAAAAUCCUGCCAUGCACGGAGAAAGAAAGAACUGGUGUAUGUUCAUAUACACACAUGUAAUUUUAUAGACAUAGAAGUAUGCCCUACAUGCUCAGCAGUAAACUGUAGGCUUAUAUGAAAUCUGAAAUUUAAGUAGGGGAGGAUCAGCACUUGGUUCCCUUGGCAUUUGGAUGUGUCCUGGUUGAAAGAGCAGCAUACAGAAGAUCACAACUCUUCGUUAUGAAAUGAUGCUCAAGCGUUGCGAUCUAACAUCUUAACCAUAACUCCGGUUUCUUCCUGCAGAAUCCAUUUGAUCCCCUCAGAGGAACAUGAUUUGUCACCCCUAUCUGUGAACCACUGUGCUGUCCCUGAGGGUGGCAUUCUAGGUUGGCUCCACUCAAGCUUCAGAGUGAUUGGGGCAUGAACAUUCUUCAAUUCAGUAGCUAUAUUCAUGCAUAUGGUUGUUUGAAAAUAGGUAAUGUAUUGAUCCUGGUAGCCAGAGGGUCUUCAAAGGAGACUCUUAGGAGCCCCAGUUGAGUGGAUAUCACUCGUGGGCUAGAAAAGGCAGUCAAAGAAAGUGACCCAAUUCCAUUAGUUGACAGCCAGCCUAGCCCAGAGAUAUGAUUUUACUGUAAUGGUUUUCAUCUAAAUAAAGACACACGAGAACUUUCAAACACAGGUUAUGUUUUUCCCAGGCAGGAAGCUUUGCGUUUGCAAUUUUAGUCUGUGCCCCUUCUGAUUUCAAAUAAAUUCACACUUACCUUUCUGUCUUGGGAGCAAAGAUAUAAUUUUGAUUUUUCCAUGCUAUCAUUUUAUUUAAAUUAUUUCAGGUCUAAGAGAUUUUUGUUAUUUUUUAAUGUUAUCUGAGCACUUUUUUAUAUUCUAAAAGAUAGAGGCUAUUAUCAGAUAAAUACAUUCAUUUGAUUAAAAUUUAGAUAAAUUAUUAAUGUUUAUGUUUGCCUACAAAUGGCUUAUUUUUCAUCCAUUUUGCAAAUAUCAGUUAUGUGUGGUUUCUUAACAUGUCAAAAUCUAUUAUGUAAAAAUCUUUUUCAGAUUUCUGGAAGGUAUAUGGUUUGAUUUUAUAGAAAUUGAAUUGUUUCAGUAUGAAUAAAGAUGAUAAAGAAUAUGAUGAACAGUUAAUUAAAAUGUAUUGUUAAAAGAAAGAUUAGGUGGAAACAGUCGAGACAUGUUUGGAUUUGUAAGCUUUUCAAAAGCAAAACCAAUGAAUGUGAGGCAAAACAAGUUUGGUUGCAUGUGGUAUUUUUUGUUUUUGUAUAUGCUUUUUGAAUAAUCCAUUUGAUAAAGCUUGAAUGGAAAAAAUAAAGCUGUUUUUAU